CUUCCUGUAUCUCUCAGAGACCAACGACAAACUCAGAGUUCUCUAUUGAAGACGUCAGGCUCAGAUACGACGAGGACAGAAUGGGGCAAGUCUUUCUCCUGCUGACCCUCCUGCUGGUCAGUGACCUGGUCAGGCCUGCAUCCGGCUCAGAGAACCAGCGUCUCUUCAGCAUCGCCGUCGACCGUGCGCAGAACCUGCACCUGCUGGCACAGAAGAUGUUCAACGACUUUGGCAGAGCUUUUUCGGAGGAGCAAAGACAGCGUCUCUUCCUACAAGACAUCUGUAACGUCAGCCCUGUCAACAAGCAGGAAGUGCAGAUUAGCUCUGUGCAGAAGCUGCUCCACAUCUCGUUCCGUCUGGUGGAGUCAUGGGAGUAUCCUAGCCAGACUCUCAGCAGCUCCCUGACCCUCAGUCGCUUCAGUGAGAUCCCUCUGAAACUCACCGACCUGAAGAUAGGCAUCGACACCAUUCUCAGGGGUACCCAAGACGGGAUCCCCAGCCUAGAGGACAACGAGGCACAGCAGCUGCCCCCCUACGAGAACUACUACCAGAACCUCGGGGGCGACGACAACAUCCGCAGGAGCUACGAGCUGCUGGCCUGCUUCAAGAAGGACAUGCACAAGGUAGAGACGUAUCUGUACAUGGCAAAGUAUAAAACUUCCCUGGAGGCCAACUUCUAAACUCUGAUUGGUCCUGGUCCUGGGUCACGUUACCUUAAUCACAAUAAAACCUUGUUGCAAAAC